UGAAUACGUGGGCCGAAGGGCUGAUACCGGGGAGCGGGUGAUGGGCAUAGACAUGGGCCGUACGUUUGCCACAUCACUGAACGCUAACAUUCAUAGCAUGACUACAGUUCCCGAGCACUGGUCUAUGGCUGAAGCCGCGACAAUACUCAGCACUUAUGGCACACUGUAUUACGCGCUCAUCAAAAGGGCUAAUUUGAAGCGAGGUGAGAGUAUAUUAAUACAUUCGGCGGCGGGUGGUGUGGGACAGUCGUGUAUAAACAUGUGUCAACACUACGGGUGCGAUAUCUACGUGACGGUCGGGACGGACGAUAAAAAGCAGUUCCUUAUGAAGGAGUAUAACAUACCGGAGAACCGGAUAUUCAACUCAAGAGAUGUACUCUUCAAGAAUCAGAUCAAAGAGGCGACAAAAGGGCGCGGAGUAGACAUUGUGCUGAACUCCUUGGCCGGUGAGAAACUGGAUGCUAGUUAUGAAUGUGUGGCAAACAGUGGGCGGUUUGUGGAGCUCGGGCGGUACGACAUGCUUCAGAACAAAAAGCUGGGAAUGUUUGACUUCGUGAGGAAUAUACAGUUCAUCGGUAUUGUCUUUGAUAUCGUCGCUAUGGAUGACAUGGACUUCUUCGCCGAGUUCUACGACUGGGUCCACAAGAACUCCAAGAAUGGUUGCGUUAAACCCAUUACUUACACCACGUUUAAUGUCAAUGAAUACGAUAAGGCUUUCCGGUAUAUGACAACCGGCAAACACAUGGGGAAAGUGAUCAUCAAAUUGAGAGACGAAGAAAAUACUCGCAAACCUCUUAAGAUGAUUAAGUCGGCGCCUAAUAUCACGACAACUGUUAAGACAUUUUUCGAUCCAAACAAAGUCUAUAUAAUCACCGGUGGUUUGGGUGGCUUUGGUAUGGAACUGGUGCCCUGGAUGCUGUAUUAUGGUGCAAGGAAGUUUGUGGUAACCUCCAGGUCUGGGGUUAAAACAGAUUAUCAGAAAUGGGUGUAUAACCGGGCUAAAUCAUUUUACGAAGGCUUCAAGUAUUUUAAGUGCGAUUAUGUCGUGUCGACCGCCAAUGGGUUUACUAUUGAAGGCACACAACAACUCCUAAAAGAGGCUCAAGAGUUGGGACCCAUUGGAGGGGGAAAUGGAGGUCAGUCUAACUACUCGUUCGGUAACUCCAUGUGUGAACGUAUUUGUGAACAACGCCGGAGGGAUGGCUUACACGGACUGGCCAUACAGUACGGACCCAUCGGUGAUGUGGGAGUGUUUGCAGAGACGGAUCAGUUGUUGACAAUGACAUCGAUUAGGAAACAGCGAAUCAACUCGUGUUGCGAUGUUUUGGACAAACUCUUACAAAGUACUAAACCUGUCGUUACCUCACAUAUCAAAGUGGACCAGGUCAAAGAGGGCGGUAGCCGUAAAAAGCGAAUGGUAGCCGAACUGUGGCGGGCGCUGGGCAUCGACCCCGAGACCACCCCCAACCACCUAACCCUGGGUGAGAUCGGGUUGGAGUCCAUGUUCGCCGUUGAGCUGCAACAGGAACUGGAGAGGGAGUGGAAUAUGAAGGUGUCUAUCAAUCAGGUCAAGUCGAUUACGGUGGGUAUGCUGAAGGACUACGAGGCCGGCAAUGUGGGUGAACUCAAAAAGCACGUCGAGGAUAUUAAGCGAGCUAGGGCGUACUUGUUGAAACAAAAGUUCAUUAUACCCAACGAAGUCCACGUGCGCCUGAAUAACGUGACUCAGGGACGGCCCGUGUAUUUCCUGCCGACAGUGAUACUCAACUUUUCGCUGUUCGAGGAGUUGGCCCUCAAACUGAACCGCCCGGCCAUUGGCCUACACUGGACUCGGGACGUGAGCAAACUGACCUCGCUCAAAGACAUGAGCAACUACUACGUGAGGCUACUGAAAGAGCUGGAGCCUAACGGCAAGUACGAUGUGGUCGGCUAUUUCGAUACGACCAUCACGUGCUCGAAGCUACUGCUGAAGGGUAUGGCCGGUAAGGCGGUGGUGAUCGACGUGAUCAGCGAUCACCGGUUCUGUGAGGACGAGCUCACCGACGAGUUUAUGGUGGAGUUUAUGCUGACUAUACUGUCCGGUGAGAUACCCGACUCCUUCAAGGAACGGGUGGCCCGGGAGAUUAAAAAGGAGAAGACUAUGAAGGCUAAGAUACGGCUUAUUUGCAAUGAGGUGACCGACUUCGCCGGUAAGGGACUGGUAGCUCCCGAUAUGGAGGAGAUAUUCAACAUAAUGAUAGCCCGGAUUCGUAUGCUAUCGGAGUAUAGACUCAACAAAAAGAAGAAGUUUGCGAAUAAACUAAAGCUCGCGAUCGGAAAGAAAUGGGCGAAAAAGUCGGGCAAAUUGAUCUUGAUCAAACCCAUUAAAUUAGAUGAUAUCGACAAUUUGGAAGAGUUUAUGGAUAGAUCUCGCGAUAUCUAUUUACUACCAGGAUCAAAGGAUAAGUGCGAUAAUAUCCAGAUGGAAAUGAUCGAGAAUCCCUUCGUAAUGGAUUUAACUGCAGUUGAGAUAAUGGACAAGUUGGAGGAGUCGCUUAAAUGA